UUGUUCUUCGAAAGGAAGUCCGAUCGAGUGUCUUACAGGUCUUUUGCAGGAAUCUCGAGCAGUAACUCGAAUAAAUCACUAUUAUCCCUAAUCUUUUUAAUCUAAAAAUAGUCUUCGUAUGUACUGAUGUAGUCAGAGAUUAAAUAACGUAUCAGCAAAAUCAUCGAUUUUUCGCGAUUCAUAGAGCAGGAGGGCUAACGUUAUAACUGAAUAUCUACGCAGAAAAAAUAAAAUGUCGUCGUGGUCGAAGAAAGCUGGGGGCAGACGACCACCACCAAAACACAGUGGAGGAAGUGUCUCAAUAGCUCCCAGACCAUUUCGAAGAGCUCCAUAUCCAAUGAGGGAGGACAGAAAAGAUGACCAUCCAGAAUCUGAGAGCUUUGAAAGCUUAGACGAAGGGAUUGACUACUCUGGCACUGCAGACUAUGAGCAUUCACCACAUCAGUCGACUGCGGUUUCACCUGAAGAAUAUGAGGCAACAGUUGAACGCAAUGCCAUAUAUGAGAGGUUCUUCCAGCAGCUGCAUGGAGACGGUGCUAGACAGCCUGCAGACUGUGUCGUCCUGUCGGUGAACAACCAGAAUGUGGAUUACCCCAAAUCGAUAGGCCAGUGUUUGCAGGAACGUGGCCUCUCGGUGGAAAUGCUUUACCUGCAGGUGGAAUCAGGCCUGACGCGGGCCCUCCAAGAUGUCCGCUCCGACGGUUCCCCCUUAUGUAUUCUCGUCGAGCAGACUAAUGUAACACUGUCCUCGUGCACAGUAAUCAUAUUUUCAGAGUCCCUCAAAAUUCAUCGAAAUAUGCCUAAAGAACAAGCCCUGGAGUUUGUGUUGGUGGAGUUCAGGCGCUUGAGCGGUUCGCGGCAGGUGCUGGACCCCACGGAGGCUGCGGCACGGGCGGCUGAGCUGACGGAGGACUACCUGGAGCGCAGCAAGCUGGAGCGCCACACUGUUCCCUCUGCCACCCGCCACCUGCUCUUUCUCCUGGCCGAAGGUUUGCACCUGUACCCAGAGGAGCUCAACACACUGACAGAGUAUCUUCAGAACCGCCAAGACCAUCUGCAAGUAACUUCGGCUGAGGUGGGCAGUGAUGUUGCUCCUGUAAUAAACAGCCUGCCUCCAGGGUUAGGAAAACCCCCGCCACUCCUGCCUGCUGGAUCUGGACCACCACCAAGGGAGCAGGCAAACCCACCCUCAGGGUCUGGAGAUACACCCCCAGGCCAUCACAGGGGAUUGCAAGGCUCAUAUCCCAAGACGAAACCACCUCCUUUGCUUUCAAUGCAAAAUCUAAAGCCACCUUCCCACAGAUCAGCUGCCCCCCAUAGUCUUUUACCCGCUCGGGCCUCUUCAGUCUCACACGGUUCUUCAUUUAGUCCCCCAUCUAGGGGGCCAGCAGCCCCUCAUAGUCUUGACAAGCCACAACCUCUUCUAGGCCCAGCACCUGCACAUGGGCCACCCUCCACCCGUGCCCCUCUUCUUGACCGUGCCCCUCUGCUUGAAACACCUCUUGGUUUCCCGUCCUCUAGAGGUCUGUUGCAGCAUCCGGGGUCUCAUUCAUCACGUGGGCCACCAUUGAUGUGUGGACCACCUCCGCAGAAUGGGCCCUGGGGUCCUCGAGCACCACCACCUUCACUUAGGAGCCUUCAUAUGGGAGCCCCAACAGGUCCUUGCCCACCACGACGCCUGCUACCUUGAUUCUCUCAGGACACCUGAUUUAAUAGUAGGCCAGUAUUGCUACACGGGACAGUUGUUAACAUUUUGGACUUAGGCAGGUUUAUGUUUUAUAUUUUUUAGAAAUUUGACUUCUGUUUACUUUGUUUAAAAAUGUACUGGUAUGGAAAAAGCCUCAGUUGUGAUUUCUUUAUUUCCACAGUUGUUAGCUCAUGUUUAGAAAAAAUAUGAAAAUUUUCCGUGGCAUAAAUCUGUGAGAGAUGUCUUUAAAUAUCACUGUUCUCUGUACAAUGAUUGAAUAUAUUCCAUAUACAAGUUUUGGUGUGAGGCAAUAAUAUGAGACUAUUCUGAAUCCUGGUAGAUUGUAGAAAGUUCUUGAUCUCUUUUUUUGUAUUUUUUUUUUU